CAGUAGGUUCGGGUAAUAACUCCAAUCCAAUAAGUUGAUUAAGUCGAUUAAAGCAUUACUUUGCGACUGUCUGGCAACGUCAGUGGCUCGCCAGCAUGAAAAUGCGCAACUCGGUUUCUAUCUUUUGCAUUUUCAACGUCUUUCUGAUCGGUUGCUGUUAGGUCGCGGAUGCCUAAACAAUUCAGUGCUGGCUGAUAAUUGGAGCACGGUUCGGUUAAGUGCUCGAUAAAGCUCCACAGCCGACUAGCUCGGAAAUCGGAAAUCCUUUCGACGACAACAAAUUGUCAUAAUAUUGAUAAAAAAAAUAAAUAAAAUCAAACAAACAAAAAACAACACCCGAAAAUGUAAACGGUAAGCGCACGAACGAGAGAAGCACAAAAAUCAGAAACCAAACACAAGAGCAUAACAAAACAAAAAUAAAAAAAAGAGUGUAAAUAAACAAAAAACAAAAAAAUAAAGUGAAUUAAAUGCUAAAAAUUAAAUAAAAAAACAAGUUGGAGCGAUUAGAAGAUACUUGCAGAGGAACGAACCCAUUGAAACGAAAGCGGCAACCAAGAACGCUUAGCAACAAUGUUGCACAGCAAUUACGACAAUGCACAGUCAACAACAACAACAACAACAACACCAGCAGCUACAACAACAACAACAACAGCCAGUGCAAAGGCAAUAGAUGGUGCUGUGUCGCCACUAGCCGUCGCAGUCGCAGCCGCCGAGGGUCAGACGGUGACGGGAAUCGUGGCAUCAGCGGAUCUAGCACCGUCAGCUGUGCCCGAACGGUCGGAAUUAUCAGAAACAGCUGAUGCGGCGGCGGCUGCUUCUGCUACUGGUGCUAGUGGAGGUGCUGUCGUGGGUGCCGCGUCAGAGGUGCCGCCUGCAUUCGAUGCCCAGAUGCGAACGCAGCAACGACAAAAGAUUAAGAGCUACCACGAUGCCAAACAGACGGCGGUGUGGCAAACCGAUUCCCUGGCCUCCACUUCCAGUCCGGAUUUUGCAGCUGCCGCUGGGGGUGGCGGAAUAGGACCAGGACGUGUCGGACCAAAUGUAUGUGUGGGUCUACCUAUGCGAAGCAUCAUCCUGUCAACGGCACCAAGUCUACUGCAGCGAAAGUCCUCGGAUAGCUCGCUGGCGGCUAGCUCCAUACCGCGACGAGUAUCCUUUCCGGAGAAUGAGUUGGUGACAGGUUACCUGGAGCCGGCUAAUCCCUGGAAGCAAGUCUACCUCGUGAAGAACAAUGCCGAUGUGGUGGACCAGUAUGUGCAGUCGUGUCAGAAACACAACACCCAGCCCAUCAAGAACGUAAUGGACCAACUAAGGAACCUGGACCUGCACCAGGCGAGGCAACCUCUACUCUCUCUAAAAGAAAUCCAACUGGCGGCCAAUGAUUGUGAAGCCCUCGAGGAGAUAUUCAAGAGGGUACAAUACAAGUGCAUCGAUUUGUCCGACUGCACGCUGGACGAGAACUGUCUGACGGCACUCUUCCAGAUGAUCGAGUACUAUGAGGCCGCCAACGAGCUGGACAUAUCCUACAACAAGGAGCAGAUGACGAAGCGCUGCUGGGAGCUGUGCGCCUAUAUGGUGGGCCGCAGCCAGGAGUUGCAUUCCUUGAAUGCCGAGUGCAACCAGAUCACAAAACUAGGUGCUGUCAGUCUGGGUCAUGCCCUGGGAACCUCCAACCUGCACACCCUCAAGCUGGAACACUGCGGUCUGAGUGGCCAGCCGCUCAUCAAUCUUUGCCGUGGUCUGAACCACAACAAAAUGCUCAAGGAGCUAUGGAUGGGAUACAAUGAUCUGGACUGUGUGGAUGCGCAGCACAUAGCCGACAUGCUGCGCUUUAACCACAGCAUGGAACUCAUAGACAUCAGCAACAACAACAUACGCAACGAGGGAGUCAUGUACCUGGUGCAGGCACUCGUCCUGCAGUCCACCGAGUUGGAACGCCGGAUGGGUGCCCUGAAGCGCACUCGAGCCAUCGAGGUGGACGAAUGCACAUCGCCCGUUGAGGCCGAACCCCCCACAGUAAUACCGGAAUCGGUCCACUCUAGCUCCAGUCCCGAGAAAGAUGAUGUCGAUAAGGAAUCGUCCCUGCGGACAACUGUUCCAUCGUGCCCCGAGGCCAUGCCAGAGGAGGAAGCCGCGGAUGAGUCGGUCGUGCCUGUGCUAGUGGACUUGGAUAACGAUAAUGACGACGACAAUACGGAGGACACCGUGCGCAUCGUGAAGAACUCCGGUACCAAUGGCGGCAGCGGACAGUCCAUGCUGGACAAACUGCUCUCGAUGAAUAGUGACAGUAGCAGCGAGGAGGCGCCCUCGAACAUAUCCACCGACACCUUGGCUGCCUGUUGCUCCGAAGAUAUCAGUGAGAUCAGCAACGAGAUCUUCGAUGCAACGGCAACCAAACAGCCGCCAAUAGAAUCAGUAAAGGAAACCAUUCCGGCGGAGGGUUCUACCCCUCAGUCGGAGGUUGAUACAGCGCCGAGUGCAGAGACACUAACGUCUACUGUGCCCGUGUCCGAGGAGCCGCUGUCUCCAGCGCAACAACAACAGCACAGUUCCCAAAAUGAACGCAACUUAUGUGAUAUUACUCCUUCAACAGAGGCUAAAACCGUUGAACCCAAUGAAUCCUGUGUACAGAACAACAUCAUUAACAACAACAACAAUAACAACCAAGCCCACAACAACACCUACAACAAUAACAACGUACCAUCGCCGACGGGAGCCGAAGCCGGAGCUGUAUCCACCCUAGCUGUAGUGGAUGCGCCACCAACCGUAGAAAUUGCAUCCAACCGGGGCUCUCCACCAGCGGCCAUAUUCGAAGUGACGGCGGAGGAGAGUGACUGCAUCAACGGCAGCGGAGCGGGAGCCAGCGGGUCUCGGCCGCUGGACGUGAACAAGAACGCCAAGGUGGGCGACGACUUCGAGGACACGCACAGCACGGACUCGGCGUUCGAAAGCGCCUCAGAGGGCGACAUCAGUCGCAAUCUGCCGGAUGAGUUCAGUCGCCUGUCGGUUUCAUUGGAGAGCACGCGGCUCGACUUGGGUGGCAUUGAGACGGGGACCAUUGCCAGCGAGUCCACCGAAUGCCUGAUCCUCGGCACUACGCCGACAAAGGCGGACGAACCGGAGGUAUUUUCGCCGCCUAAAGUCACCAUUUCCGAAGAGUCGCUGUUGGUGGACAAAGAUCUGAGUCCCGGGCCCUUUUCCUGUCCCAGCCCAGCGCCGACGCCACCUCCGCCUUCAACGUCGCCGGGUGGGGCGAGUAUCGGGCUGAGACGCACGGAGUCGAGUUGCGCCUACCUCAACCAGUCGACGCGUAACCGAUCCCAGAGCUCCGACAGCCUGUGCAGUGAGACAUCGCAGGAUAGCUCCACGGCAGCCCCUGCCGCCGCCGCUAACGAUCCCAAGUUCGCCGAGAAGCUGACCAAGAACGACACCUUAUCGCGGCGCCAGCAGGCGGACUGCACGCUGGAGGCCAUACGAUCGCCCAGUGGACUGAAGGCCCUCACCGUUUGGAACAACAACCUGACCAAGGACUGCGCCAAUGCUGUGUCCGAGCUGCUGCAGAAGACCAUAUCGCUGGAGUUGCUCAACAUUGGCAAGAACUGUCUGUCCAACGAUUUCGUGGCCACCAUCAAGGACAGUCUCACCAAAAACACAACGUUGACCACUCUGGGUCUGCAGAGCGCCCACCUAAGCGCCAAGGGCAUCGAGACGCUGGCCUCCAUCCUGACAUUCGGCGGCAACAGCAAGCUCCAGCGCAUCGACAUUCGAGACAAUAAACUAGAGGUGGAAAGUCUGAACAUAAUCGCCGAGGUCCUCAAGUCUAACAAGACGCUCACCCAGAUCGACAUCAACGACGAGCCCAAGCGACUGACGUUGCCCAUAGUGCCGAUAGUAAAUGUUAUACCGCCAUCGCCAUUGCCCCAGGAUAGCAUCGGUAGCGAUGCCCAUUUGGAUUACACAAGGGUGCUGGGCACCGUGCGUUCCCUGUGCUCCCGAAACGAGAAGCGGCAGGCCCAGGAGUUGGCGGAUAGAUCUGCGAACGUGGGCGGCGGGGGCAGCAGUGCCGGCGGGAGCUUCCCUGGUUCCCGGUGUCGCGGCGGUUACUACUUGGGCUCGCGGAAGAUAUCGCUGACCUGCCACAGUCGUCCAUUCGUGGAUGCGGUCACAGGCACUGUUAUAGCCAAGCCAGCGGCGAAUGCGACCGCGUCCGCUGCAGCAACCGCCACGCCCACACCGGCUGCCUUGCUGGAGGUGAAGCGGAAGGGUGGCUCCCGGCUCCGCUCCCCGGGACCAAGUCCGCCCACGGUGUCGCCCUCGUCCUCGCCUAACCGAAGUCGUUUCCACGUGUCGCGGGUACCCGAGGUGGCCAGUCCAUUGAUGUCCCCCCUUGCUCAACCUCCACUCCCACAUGCGCCGCACACGCCACGGUCGGCCAGUAGCUGCAUGUCCAUACCCACCAUCGCCGGAUCGCCUGGAGGCAGCCAGAGCAGCCUGAACACCGUGGGAGCCCUACCCACUUCCAGUUCGCUGCCGGCCAUGGCUUCGGUCACCUCAUCCACGCAGACGAUCAAACGACUUUCGGUUUCGCCUCGAUCGCGCUUUCAUGUGUCCCGCAUCUACGAGGAUCCCCAGGUGCCGAUAGCCAACCGGCAGUUGCCUCCCAUCACUCCCCACACGCCGCCCCUCGAUCUGCCACCCACUCCCAUGCUGAAAUCCGCCCGGAAGGCUGUUCAGCUCACCGAGGCCGUGGAAGCGGCGGCAGCAGCCGUGCCGGCGUCCAGUGUUGUGAUUCUGGAGCCCAGCGAUCCACAUGGAGAUACCCUCGACAAUAGUACAAAGGCCGAUGAGGCGGCGGGGCAGAAGCUCUUAAGCAACUCACCCACCUUGAGUAGUUCCAGCUCAACGUCGCCGGGCAGCAGCAAUAGCAGUGGGAGCAGCAACGGAACCAGCAGCAUUACCUCCAAUGAUUCAAUCAUUUCUGGCGCAGAAGCACAUCCACCUCCUUUGCUCACUUGUCCCCUGGCAGUGUUUGGAGACAAUGACAUUACGUUGACGAAGGAAUCGGCUGCCGUGGUGGCAGGGCAUUUAAAUCCAGUGCUCGAAGCAAAGCCAGCUUCGGAACCAGCGCCACCAGCUGAGCCCAUCCCGAAUCCGCCAGUCCCUGCCCGUAAGACCUCUUGGAUAGCCAAUCCGUCGGCGGUGGACAAGCUGCUCACGAUCUUCAACACAGGGAACAUAUUCCAACGCAGCUCCUCUCCGGAAUCCAAGGCCAGUCAAGUUUCCGCUAGUGCGGUCACAAACAACUCACAAAAUGGCGGAACAGCGACCAGUGGAGGAGCCAUCGGUGGUGACGGCUGCUCUGCGGUACCAAACCCCACUCUAUCGACCGCGCGGAAAAUAUCUCCAGCAUCCUGGACCUCGCUGACUGGCAGCAACAUCUCCAACUCUAGCCAAAACGCCGCUUCGAACGUGGAUACCGGCAGCUCGUCUAUUCUGGAAACGGCAUCGAGGCAGUUGCGCGACUUCAGCAAGCAAGUUUUUCGGCAAAACAUUUCCUUCAACAACAGUGGAGAUGCAACCUCAUCGGGGACAGUGGCUCCGCUGGAGGGGAUCAGUACGGCCACGUCCUCCUCCAGCAGCACAGAGUCUCCGUCGCCGCCGGAGUGCAAUGCUGCCCAUAUGCCGUCUAGCCUGAAGCGCCAGCUCAAGGAGAACAUCUCUCCGGAGCACACGAUCAAUGAGGAGACGCUGCACACCCUGCAGAAGCUGUCGCGUGCGGAAGACGUGGCACUUAAAGCGGAGGCGGCAGCGGAGCUGGGCGACAUUGAGAUCGUGAUGCACAGCGAGGUGGUGGACUGUCGUCUGCCGGAGGAGAAGCAAGAGGAGCAGGAGGAGGCCGCCCAGAGUCUUGUUUAAAAAGAAAACUGAGAAGAAUAGAAAGAAAAACGCAACUCAACCGACAAAAAGCAACCACCCACCCAGCAUUCCCAUGGCGCUCCUUUGUACUGUACCCACCCGCCUUGAAAACUAUGAAUACGAUGCCGAGAAUGAUGAUAAUGGUAAAUGGAUGUUAGGGUUAGCCCUACCGUAAUCCUGGCAAACAAAACAAAUAUGAUGAAGUACACAAGUUAUGACUAACUUUGUUUUAUUUUUGGUUAAAUUUUUUUAAGUUUUAUAACACAAGAAACAAGAAAAUAUAAAUAUAUUUUAAU